AAAUGGAUAAUUCAUAAUAUUAUUUUAUGUCAUAUUUAUUAUAUUAUAUUAUUAUUUAUAAUAUUAUUUUAUGUUAUUUUAUAUACAAUCUACAUGCCAAGAGAUUAAUUGAUAGCGAAAUAAAAAAUCUUAAUAGAAAGAGGCAAUAAUCAUAACCCCACCAUGCGCGAUUGUACGUUAAUCGUGUGUAUUUUGAAUUUUAUCAACGAUGUGAUUUUUUAUAAAAUUUCAUAACAAACAAAAUAGGAAGAAUUCUGUGAAGAAGAAUAUGUGAACGUUUGCUCACUUUCACUUAUACAUUAUAUAUAAUUUAUUUUCUGACGAAUAUUUAUUUUAAAUAAAAGAUUUUUGCAUUUAUAACAUUUACUCCAAAUAGUAUUAAUAGUUUUGUACAUAAAUGAAAAAAUUGUAUUCAUAUAAUUAUUUAUUAAAUGAUGAAUCAGACAUUCAAUUUUAAUCGUGUAAAUAAUUGCUUGAUUUGUAAAUAUUGAAUAGUAAAAUUAUUUAAUUGAAUUAUAUUAAAGCAAGAAGAUACAAAAUAAUGUAUCAUAUAUUCGAAAAUCAUGAAUGAAAAUUAUACAAAAAUUACUCAAAUAAUUCAUGUAUCUAGUCACAAUGAUUGAAUAAUGUAUUGUACCAUCUUUUGUUAAUUUUAAUGUAUAUAUUUUCAAUAUACAAUAUUCAAGUAACACAAAACUGCAAAAUGCAAUGUUUGAAUAAAAUGCCAUCCUUUGGGGAUGAUACGCUGUCUGCUUGUAUUCAGGCCGAAGUAAAAAAUAUGGAUAUUACUAACAAUUGUAAUGAUGCAGAUAAAUGUUUCAAAGAUGAUACAUUUAUCUCUAAAGUAACAAAUGUAUCAAAUAAUAUUGAUAAAGAUAUUGAAAUCAGAGAAAAAUCGCAUAGUUCUACUAACAGGAAACGUACUUUGAGACAAAAUAAUUUAAAAUGUAAAGAACUUAAAAGAGAUAAUGUUUUAAAAUCAAAACUUGUUAGCAGGACUAAUGUAAGUAAAUCAAAAUCAAAAAAUAUUACUUCCUCAAAGGAGAAUCAUGAUUCAUAUAGAAUUAGUGAAGAAAAUGCUAAUGUAAAUGUGAAUUAUAUAAAUAAUAUUUCUUCAAAUACAAAUAUAUUGCCAAAACAAUAUAAUAAAUCUGAAUCGUCAACCUUGCAUGUUGAUAAUAGUAAUGAAAAAAGUAAUGUUGCAAAUACUAUUACGAUUGAUACAAGCAAUGUAAAAUUAUCUGAUAGUAAUAUUCUUGUAAGUAAUAAAGAAAAAUCUUCCAAAUUAAAUGCUUCUAUCUCUAUUAUUCCUACCCAAGAACGAAAUAAAUUAGCUUCAUGGGGUCUACCACCAAACAUUCUUCAGAAAUAUGAAGCACGAGGAGUAAUUACUAUGUUUGAUUGGCAAAUUGAAUGCUUAUCAAAUCAUAAGGUCAUUGAAGAAAACUGUAAUCUUAUAUACUCUGCUCCAACAUCGGCUGGAAAAACAUUGGUAGCAGAAAUUCUUAUGAUAAAAACAGUAUUAGAAAGGAGAAAAAAAGUGAUUUUUAUCUUACCAUUUGUUUCUGUUGUUAGAGAAAAAAUGUAUUAUUUUCAAGAUUUAUUAUCUGAUAGCGGUGUUCGAGUAGAAGGUUUUAUGGGUGGUGUUAUGCCCGCUGGAGGAUUUGCAGCAACUCAUAUUGCAAUAGCAACUAUCGAAAAAGCAAAUUCAUUAGUAAAUCAUCUAAUGGAAGAAAAUGAAUUAAUCAACUUAGGCUCAGUAAUCAUAGACGAAUUACAUCUUGUUGGUGAUCCAAAUCGCGGAUAUCUUCUCGAAUUACUUCUAACUAAAUUAAAAUAUAUGACUUUUAGAAAUGAAAGUGUUAAUAUACAAUUAAUUGGUAUGUCUGCUACACUUCCAAAUUUGUCCAUUUUAGCUAAGUGGUUGGAUGCAGAAUUGUAUAAAACAGAAUUCAGACCAAUACCAUUAAAUGAACAAUGCAAGAUAGGUAGAAGUAUAUAUGAUAAUAAAUUAUGUCUUAUACGAAACUUAACACUAAUGCCAGAAUUAACUAUGGACUCGGAUGAUAUUCUUCACCUGUGUAUUGAGACAAUAUCUGAUGGACAUAGUGUAUUAAUCUUUUGUUCUACAAAAAAUUGGUGUGAGAAACUAGCUGAACAAAUUGCUGCUGCAUUUUGUAAACUGGGUCGAGAAAAUACGAAACUAGGUAAAACUUUAAGGCAGCAACUAGAUACUGCAUUAAUUUCUGAAACAUUGGAGCAACUAAAACGUAGUCCUACAGGUUUAGAUAACAUAUUAAAGAACACAGUUUCUUUUGGGACAGCUUUUCAUCAUGCUGGUCUUACCAUGGAUGAACGUGAUAUUAUAGAAGGAUCUUUCAGAUCUGGGUCUUUAAGAGUUCUUGUUGCCACAUCAACUUUAAGUAGUGGAGUAAAUUUACCUGCUAGACGGGUGAUUAUUAGAUCUCCAAAGUUUGCUGGAAAAUUACUAGAUAGCCUUACCUAUCGUCAAAUGAUAGGACGAGCAGGUAGAAUGGGAAAGGAUACAGCAGGGGAAAGUAUACUUAUGUGUAAUCCAACUGAACAAAAAGCAGCUGAGAUAUUGUUAUCAGCUUCUUUGGAACCAAUUGAAUCCUGUCUUGAGGAUUCAACACCUUUAAUUCGAGCUCUUCUAGAAGCUAUAGCUAGUGAGAUCGUUCAUACUCCAUUACAUCUUGAAUUGUACAUUAAGUGUACCUUAGUAAGUUUGAGUGAUGAAUACAAUUCAAAAGGUCCUUGGAACGACGCAAUCAAAUUUUUAGUAGAUAAUGAAUUUUUAUUGUUACAAAAAACUGAAGAUGGACAUAGGUGGGUGGCUACAGCUUUCGGUAAAGCAUGUUUAGCAGCUUCUAUUUCACCCAGAGACGGUUUGUUCUUACUUGAAGAACUUCAAAAAGCAAGACGAUGCUUUGUGUUGGAUACAGAAUUACACGUGAUAUACCUAGUGACACCACUAAAUUCUGGAAAUCAAAUUGGAAGUAUCGAUUGGAUGACAUUUUUAGAGUUAUGGAGAACGCUGUCAGAAAGUGAACGUAGGGUUGGGCAACUUGUUGGCAUAGAAGAACGAUUUUUAACAUUAGCUGUUCAAGGCAUCAUACGACCGGGGAAAUUGCUUAGUAUACAUAAGCGAUUUUAUACUGCAUUAGCAUUACAUGAUUUAGUUCGUGAAGUUCCCCUUACUGUAGUUUGUACAAAAUAUGGCUGUUGCCGUGGAGUUCUUCAAACUUUACAGCAAUCUGCUUCUACAUUUGCUGGGAUGAUCACCCAAUUCUGUAAGCAAUUGGGCUGGGGCUGUCUAGAAUUAUUAGUCUCACAAUUUCAGACACGGUUACAGUUUGGUGUAUGUAGAGAGUUAUUAGAUCUAUUGCGUCUCCCAAUGUUAAAUGGACUACGCGCUAGAAGUCUUUACAAGCAUGGAAUCACAUCAGUAGCAGAAUUAGCUACUGCUAAUGAACUUGAUGUUGAACGUGCGCUUUAUAAGGCACUUCCUUUUGAAAGUGAAAAAGAACAGGACGGUGAACACGAAUCGGAAGCAGUAAAACGAAAUAAAAUGAGAACAGUAUUUGUCACUGGAAAAGACGGUUUAACGCCUCAUGAAGCUGCAACGAUGUUAGUUCACGAGGCGAGAACAUUAGUACAGAAUGAACUGAGAUUGCAAAAUAUGUCAUGGAAACAGAAUGAUCAAUCGGUCAUUACAAACAAAUCUAAUAGCGAAAUAAGUUUAUAUGAACAACAAGAUAGAUUUCAAGCAACAAAACGCGCAAAUGUAGAAAUAAAACUUGAAACUACACACAGCAAUUCUAAAAAUAAAGAUAAUUUAAACGAGAUUGUCAUUCAAAAUAAAUAUGAAGAGAAUUCAUGUUCAAUAAUCAACAAGCCUAUGAAUAAGAAUGUCAGUUUUGUUAAUGAGAAAGAAAGCUCAUUAAAUAAUAAUAAUAAAGCUCAUAAAUCCGAUAAAAAUAAAAAAUCUAAAAUUGAUGAAAAUGUUACAAAAAAUAUUAACGAUUCUAAAUGUAACUUAGAAAAUAAUACAUUGCAAGAGACAAAGCAUGAUGACUUAAAACUUACUGAUCAAUUAUUACAAAUAGAUAUUCCUGAAUUUUGUGAUACUCUAGCUGAGGAACUAUCAACUAAUUUCUUUGAAAGUAGCAGCCCUAAAAUAACAUCUGCUUCAAGACGAAAUAGUGAAUCAUUACUCGUUUUCGACGAUAGGAAAAGAAACUGUAUCCGAAAUGGAAAUAUUAAACACUCCAUUAAUGAAGUCCGAAACAUUCAGAAUGUUAAUGAUAUACCCACCAAGAAAAUAAGAAUUUCGGACGAAACAAGCAUUAAAGUAUCAGCUUGCAGAAAUACGAUUACGCAUUUAUCUAGUUUUCAGAAUGAUAUAAAAACGGAAGUUCUUUCGAGAAGUCCUAGUCUUUUUGAUGAUAGUUUAAAUCUCGACACACAAAUUUGUAAUGUUCUUGAACAAAAUAUCGUUGAUUCUCUACAAUUAACAGAAUUUGAAGAAACUAGAUCAUCUGAACCCAAAGUAACAAUACAGGACAGAAAAGAUGUAAAGUUACAAAUCACUUCUAGUACUAGCAACAAUGAGACAGGCACAGAAAAUAAUGUGAAAGAUAAACAUAUAAAUAAGAAUUCUUUAAAUUCACAAUUAAUUUUAAAUUCACAAGUAAAACAGAGCACACUUUCGUGGAAAGAUGAUUCUUGGAAUGAAACGAAAAAAAUAAUGGAGAAGUUAAAUCAAAUUAAAGAUAAAAAUAACCAUAAUAUACCAGUUAAAUAUAACAUCAAGGAUGGAAAAAAUGCAAAUGUGCAACAUUUUGUAGAAACCAAUGAAAUAAGUAGUUCGACGUUAGAGAUAAAAAAGAAGUGCGAUAUGAAAUUUGAACGAGCUAUGGAUGAUUAUAUAAAAAAAGGACCACAGAAACGUAGACUGAGUAAUGUACAAGUUGCAAAAUCACCUAUUGCAAAUGUCAUGGUUUUUAGUAAAAACGGCGGAACAUUGUUAGAUUCAAACAAAUCAGAUUCAGAUGAAAUUGUUAUUGCUUCCCAAAAUAUAAAUUCACCGGCUACAAGUAGUUACAAGUUACAAAGUAAACUAGAUUCUGUAAGGAAACAGAAGUUGUAUACUCAAAAAGUUUCCGAUCGGAUAUUUGAUGAUAAGAAUCAUGCAACUACUGUUUCAGACAAAAUAGAAAUUGAAAAAUGUAAAAUCAAAUCAAAAUUAAAUGAGAUACUUAUACAAAAAACAUUAACUAAUAAAAAUUCUAGUAUAGACAGUGUAAUUUUGAAUUCGGACGAAGAUACACCCAUAAAGUCGGAAAAUUUUUUACAAAAGUCUACAUUUAAUUUAAAAAACACUCAAAAUAGUCCUAAAACGUGUGUAAAAACAAAUGAACUUGCAGACACUGUAAAUGAAACAACUAAUUGGAAUACAUUAAAUAUUAUAAAAGUUGGAAGUGAUAGAGCCACAUUUAAUUUAUUUAAGCGUGAAGUGAUGCAGAAACGAUAUAUUGCGUUAGCUUUAAAUUGUGAAUUGUAUAAUGAUAAAACUAAUAAUAUAGGCUCUAAGAUCAUUGGUCCUACUACUAUUGAAAGAAAAAAGAGGUCUAAAAAAACGGAAAAUUAUGUGCAUGCAGAGAGAAAAUUAUGUGGUGCUGCUAUUGCUUGGGAAAACAAUAUUGCAUAUUAUAUUUCUUUCUCUAAUGAACGAGAUUUAAAAAUCCCAGGUAAAGAUCAAAUGAAACUAUUAAAAGAAUUGCUGAGUAACACAUUUUUGUAUGUAAAAUGCUUUGCAACAAAAGAAAUGUUUAAAACCUUGUAUAAAUGCUGUAGUAUUACCGCAAGUUGCAAAUUUUUAGACCCAAAAGUAGCAGGUUGGCUGCAUCAUGGGAGCAGUCGUGAAAAAACAUUUCAUGAAAUGGUGAAAGAAUAUUUUCCACAAGGAUGUUUCAUAGCUAAAAGAAUAGGUACAUGUUAUGAUGUGGGACCUGGAUUGUAUAUCGAAAGUGAAAUAGCAGGAGAGCUCAGAGCAUCUGCCGAAGCUGUACUUACAUGGCAUAUAACAGAUAAACUAUUAGAUAAGUUAGAACAACAGAGUCCAACAUUACUAUACACAUUUAAAGAUAUUGAAAUGAGGACAGUGACCUUACUAGCUUGCAUGGAAUUAACUGGUUUAGGCGUAUCGUUAAAAUCAUUACAAGAUUUGUCUUCCAUCAUCCAUGAAGAGAUGAUGUCAUUAGAAGAACAAGCAUAUGCAUUAUGUGGAAGAAGAUUCAAUUUUUCCUCGUCUAAGCAAGUUGGAGAGAUUUUAGGCUUAUACAACGGAAAAAAAAUUAGCGUUAAUAAAGCUGUAUUAGAGCAGUCUGAUCAUCCAGUAUCUAGUCUUGUUAUGUCAUGGCGUAAAUUAAGUGCAACUCAAUCUAAGAUUAUUUAUCCAAUAUUGAAUCUAGCUCAACACAGUUCUCGUAUUCACGGUAAUUGUAUUACGUCUACAUUAACGGGUAGAGUUUCGAUGCAUGAACCAAAUUUACAAAAUGUGCCAAAGGAUUUUAAUUUUAAAGACAAUAGCUUUACAAUAAGUGUUCGAAUGGCAUUUAUACCAGCAAUAGGCAAUGUUAUGUUGUCAGCAGACUACUGUCAACUUGAAUUGAGAAUAUUAGCUCAUUUUUCAAGAGAUAUACUAUUAUGCGAUAUUAUGCGGAGACCAGGUGAUAUUUUUAAAAGCAUUGCAGCCAAUUGGAAUCACAUAUCUGAAGAUCAGGUUGAUGAUAAAAUACGUCAGCAUACAAAACAAUUGUGCUAUGGCAUGAUCUAUGGCAUGGGAGUGAAAACACUUGCUGAGAAUUUAUCAGUAGAUGAAGUUAAAGCCAAAGAAUUUUUGGAAUCUUUUAUGAAUGCAUACCCAGGUAUAUCUAAGUGGUUGACUAAUGUAUUGGAUGAAGCACGUACAAAUGGUUACAUAACAACUAUCCUGGAAAGACGUAGAAUGUUUCCUGAAUUGACAAGUACAAACCCGGUGGAAAAAUUACAAGCAGAACGCCAAGCAGUGAAUACAAAAGUUCAGGGUUCUGCAGCUGAUAUUGCUAAAAAAGCAAUGGUUAAUAUCGAAGAAAGAAUACGAGUCGAGUUUCCAAUGGCUACAACCAUUAUGCCUAGUAGCAAUCCUAUUCGUAAAUUGAGAAGUAACAGUAGAGAAGCACAGCAAAGAGGUGGUUAUCUAGUAUUACAACUCCACGAUGAACUUUUAUAUGAGGUGAAUAUACACGAUUUAAAUCAAGUUGCAAGAAUAGUAAAGGAAUCAAUGGAACAAGUAUGUCAACUUGCAGUACCGUUGCCUGUGAAACUUAAAGUUGGACCAGCAUGGGGAGAUCUUUCUGAAUAUACUGUUUGUUAAUCUACUAAGUUUUUCUAUAAGAAAAUAUUUAGUAUUGUCUAAUUGUUUGAAUUAAAUUCUUAAAUAAAAAUUUUUUUAUAUACACUUUUACACGAAAAGGUAGUUGAUCAUGUUUCAAUUUUUUUCUGUGACUUAUAAUAUUGUGCAUUGUUGCAUAGAUUUAUAGUAAGGCGAAUUGUAUGUACAUAUUUAUUCUGUUUUUUAUCAUAUUUUUUAUAUCAUAAUAUGAAACAAUGAAUUGUAUAUUUAAAUGAUAUAAAUAAUUGCAUAUUUCAGAAGAUUUAAAUAAUAAGUUAAU